AUGCAGAUAUAUGAGUUAAAAAAUGUGAAUCCUAUGUCGACGACAUCUGUGAAAACGAAAUCUUCUUCGUUGAAGUCUUCUGUUAAGUCAUCCAUCUCAACUUCACAAUCAGAGACUACAUCUUCAUCCAAACUCUUGAGUUUGACGACACAAACGAGCAGUCUAAAGUCUUCGUCGAUUUCCAAAUCUUCUUCUUCUAGCUCAACCAACCCCAUUUCUAGUAUAUCAACAGUCCCUACAAUUUCCACGACGAACAACAUACUAUCUACCUCUCUUCCACCAAUUAUCGAAAUACCAUCCACCGCUAAAUCAUUCGGUUUACCUCCCGACCCUCCAACUAUUCCUCCAAUCGUUGGUCCUACAGGCACAGAAAGUUACAUUCUACCAUCGGGUACUUCCGCUUACCCGAGUGAACUAUCAACUCCCACCUCAUCAUUCGGCUUGCCUCCCGAUCCUCCAACUAUUCCUCCUAUCGUUGGUCCCACUGGUUCCAACAGUUACAUUCAACCGUCAGGUACCUUUGCUUACCCUAGUGAAGUUUCUCCUACAGGUAAAUCCAAUCCUUGGGCAUCUCUAACACUUGAGGAGCCUGACUUUUGGACACAAGUACCUUCUGACGCAGUUCCAGGCUUUGUAGAACCAACGAUUACUCCUCAACCCAUCUCCACAGCAACAUCUCCCCCUCAAAAGGUUAAACGCGAGUAUGAUAUCACCGCCCCUGAUAGUCCAUUGCUUUCUCUGUUUCCCCUAAACUCCCCAGAUAUCCUUAAGGAAGUUCUUCCCGGCCAAGUUCCAGGAUGGGAUCAACACGCCAUAGCUAAAGAGAAAAAACUCAAGUCUCGGGAAUAUAAUAUAAAUGCUCCAGAUAGUCCCUGGCUUCCUCUUCUCCCCCUAACUUCUCCAGAAAUUCUCAAAGAAGUCGCUCCUGAUCAAGUUCCAGGUUGGAAACAACAAGCUAUUGUUUCAAGAUCUCAUAUAAUGAAACGUGAAUACGAUAUCAAUGCCCCUGACAGCCCCUGGAAACCCCUCUUCCCUCUUACCUCCCCAGAAAUCCUCAAAGAAGUCGCCCCCGUUCAAGUUCCGGGCUGGAAACAAAAACCCGUCUCCCCGCCGCCCUCACCCGCAAAACGCGAAUACGAUAUCAACGCCCCCGACAGCCCCUGGCGACCCGUCCUUCCCCUCUACACCCCCUCCAUCCUCAAAUCCGUUCCCGAAGACCAAGUUCCCGGUUGGCGAGGCCAAGCUUCUGCUCCUCUCAUUCCCGAUUCCAACAUUCCUCCACGAACUAAAUCUAAAUCUAAACCCAAAACCAAACAUCGUCGCCAACUCGGGCCUCUCCCAGAAAAUUUCCUCGAACCUCCCGGCCGUCCAGAUUUUAUCAAAGCCUUCCCAGAAAAAGACAACAACAAACACCUCCCCGCACCCUUCAACAAAAUGCUCGGUGCCGUCGACCCCCAAACCGGCAAAAAAUUACCCAUCCCAAAGCCGAAACCCAGAUACAGCCAUUCGAAAAUCAGCCUGCAGAAAUUCCCCAGCUUGAAAGAAAUCGGAUUGGAACAAGACGGGAGAGAACAUCACAACAAAGAGCGCAUAGAUGAAGAUGAAGAUGAAGAUGAAGAUGAAGAUGAAAAAACCGAAAACGCAAAAAGAAUCUCGGAUCUGCAAAAAAUUAGAGAUAGACGCUAUGCGCACAAACUCCAUUUACAAGGAACGCCCAAAGCGUAUGCGGAGAUGCGCGAGAAGAGCGAGGGAAGGGUACGUAAGGGACAGAGGAAAAUGAAGAUGGAGGAGUGGGAGGAGAGGAUUUUUAGGGGAGUGAGGGAAGAGGGAGGGAAAGGGGAGGAUGGGUUGUUGGGGAGGGAGGAUGCGAUUGUUGAUCGUGGGGGUUUGGGAGGGGAUGAGCAGGAACUGGGAGGUGUGGAUGGGGAGGAAGAAAAUUGGAUUGGGAGAACUUGGAGUGGGAAGAGGAAGGGGAUGAAAAUUCGUUUGGAGAGGUAA